AUGCACGGAGCCACGUUCCCUCCGCACGAGUGGCAGGAGUACAUCACUCACCCCUUCAGCGACUUCUUCUCGCUGCCCUGGAAAGAAUUCGUUCUGGAACACAACCGCCACCACGCGAGCACGGUGGACCUUCUGCAGCAGGGCGAGUUCGGUUGGGAUCCCGAGGAAUUCCAGUACUGGCUGCUGGAGUGGACAUGGCGCAACGGGAAGAAGCCGUUCCCAAUCCACCCUUUCGGCCUUGUACUCACCGCGGCCCUCCUUCCGCUCAUCCACUUCGUCGGCUUGAACGACACCGGGGCUCUCUUCGCGGUCGAAUGGUAUUUUCAUUUCCCUGACGAAGGGGCCGGGGGUAAAUGCAACAAGGAGUUCUGGAAGAAGUGGUUGCCGCGUCGCGCUUACCAUUCGCUCUUCGUCGCCGGCCUGUGGGCGUGCGUAUGGCUCCUGGGCACGUGGCCGCUUGGCCGCCCGCUCGGCGAAGGCUGGCGUUUCAUGCUCACGGUAUCUUGUUGCGCACGCUUUGGUUUUUCGGCCGCGUGGAUGUUCAUCACAAAUUUCACCCAUUCGCAUCCCUGGAAUCAUUUCUUGGCGACCGAUCCGGAGAGGGGGUGGCCCCUUCUCCAUGACACGAUGGCCUUCGUGCUUGGUGGCAAGCACCGUUGGAACGAGAUGCUCUUCCACGACCUCCACCAUGCUUUCCCAAAUGCGGUGGGUACGCUGAGCCAGCGUGGCCGCUUCCAUGGAUGGAAGAAGGUGCACGACGCGUCUGUAGAGGUUCUGGCACGCGGGCUCUGGAAGGCGAAUGGUGAUGCGGAGACACAGAUGCAGAAGACGCAACGCAAGCGCUCAUUGCUGAUGAAGCAAAGCAUGAGCGAGAGUAAGAAAUGA